AUGCCGCCGCCGAAGCCCGGCCUGCUCGCCCCCGACCUCGCCCCCUUCCUUGCCGAGCACCCGCACGGCGCAGUGCGGCCGGGGCCGCCGUGUCGAGGGCGGCCACAGCGAGCCGCGUGCGCCCAGGACCCAGGGGCGCCGCGUCGAGGGCGGCCGCGGCGAGACCGCCGCGCGCACCCACGGCCGCAUCCGAGCCCCACCCCGCCCGCGUCCGCAGCGGCCGCGUCCGAGCCCCAUCCCACGCGCUUCCGCGGCGGCCGCGUCCGAGCUCCGCCACACGCGCGUCCGCGGCAAAGGCCGAGCUCCUCCCGCGCCAGACCUCCGGCUCACAUGGUUCUUGCUGAAGGCAGCGUUGGACGCGCCAUGUCGGGGCAGGACAACCGUGAGCGAGCCCUGGCCGGGCACCCGCCGCCGAAGGACACCCAUGGCCAGCCGGGGCCGUGA